GGGUCCGAAACGCCGAAAUUUGGAUAAAUCCGCUUCAUUUUCUCUCUCAAAUUGCACAAAUCUCUCUCCUCUCCUCUCUCUCUCUCUCUCAAAGUCUCCUCACCAACGGUCACUUUCCAACGGUUGAGGUCUCAUGCCCUCACUUCAUGACAUCAUCACCUGGGCACAGGCUGGAAGAAACCAUUGCAGCACAGAGGAUCGGGUAGGUGGUGUGCAAUCUUUGGGUGGAACUGGAGCACUGCGCAUUGGAGCAGAAUUUCUGAGGCGCUGGUACAAUGGAAACAACAACACUGCUACUCCCAUCUAUAUUUCUUCUCCUUCAUGGGAAUGCCCCCGAGUUCUCUAUCUUUUUGUUGCAUGCAUGUGCGCACAAUCCCACUGGAACAGACCCCACUCCCGAUGAGUGGAGAAAGAUAGCUGAUGUGAUGAAGAGGAGGUCUCUCUUUCCUUUCUUUGACUCUGCCUACCAAGGAUUUGCCUCUGGCAGCCUAGACAAGGAUGCAUGGGCUGUGCGCUUCUUUGUGUCUCAGGGUUUCGAGCUGUUCUGUGCUCAGUCAUUUUCCAAGAACUUUGGCUUGUACAAUGAGAGAGUAGGAAACCUAACUGUCGUAGGUAAAGACGGUGAUAAUGUUGCACAUGUCCUCUCUCAGAUGGAGAAAAUUGUUAGUACAACCUGGUCCAAUCCCCCAUCUCAAGGAGCUUGUAUUGUUGCAACCACUCUUAACACUCCUGAGCUAUUUGAUGAAUGGAGAGAUAAUGUUAAGACCAUGGCAGAGAGAGUCCUGUUGAUGAGAGCAGAACUGAAAUCACGACUGGAGGCGCUUAAAACUCCCGGGACAUGGAACCAUAUUGUCAACCAGAUAGGAAUGUUCAGCUACACAGGACUUAACCCUAAGCAAGUGGAGUAUCUUAUAAAAGAGAAGCACAUUUACUUGAUGGCCAGUGGACGUAUAAAUAUGUGUGGGCUGACAACAAAGAACCUUGACUACGUGGCCCAGUCUAUUUAUGAAGCAUCAACCAAAAUCCAGUAAAGGAAGUCCAAACUUUCAGUAGAUGAAAUCGCAACGUAAUUAUGUGUAGUAGUAUGUGUCCCCACGUCCCCAUUGUUAACAUGGCUUUAACAGGAACAAAUGAAGCUGCUGGGAGAUGUGUUACAAAUGCAAAGCAUGUGGGACUCCAUGCUAGAUAUUGUCAUUCUUUGGGCUUUUACCUUGUUUUGCACUCAAGUUGUUUAAAUUUCUCCUAAUGAAUGCCUUGACCUCCUAAAUCUAAGGGAUUUUUUGGUUCUAUAUCAUCAUGUAACCCAGUAAUUAUAUAGCAAAUUAGUUAAAACCUUAAUCUUUAGGGACAAAAAUGUAUGUUUAUUUUGUGUCUGUAAAACCCCACAUCAAGCUUUAAUGACGGGCAAUAUAUCCCAACUAAAGUCUAUUUGCUUGCAAGUAAUAACUAGACAAAGAGCCCAAUUUGCUUAUACUGGAAUAAUACCACUUGCAAAUAUCCAGAUACUGUAUAAAUAAAUCAACAUGUGUGAGCCCAUUCUCAGCUUCUCAGAUUAUGCAAAAAUGUGCAAUACAGAUCUUGCAACUAAGGUCUCCAAUUCUAUUCAAUAUUGAUAGAAAGAAUGAGUGUAAUGGAAAACCCAAACCUGUUGUCUUAAAUUGAAAAUGCUAAAGCAGUUAAUGUAAUAAACACAUUCUGUUGA